GACGUCCUCCUCCCGAUCCAUCUGUCACUCCGUUUACAGUACAACUGUCGUGUCAAUUGUCAACGUAGAUGUAGCUUUCCAACUGCUUUCACUGCAACGAGUCUGGGACAGUUAAUCUGUGCUUUUUCUCUACAAAUGAGACUGGUCUUCACAUCUCCAGGAUCCGUGCGGUAUUCGAUCUUGUCAUGAUCAUCGUUUCUAAGCAUCGCACCAUCCUCGCGUCCGAAUUGACUUGACAGUGUUCUUGGUAUCUUGGCCGGUAAAUUUCCCUGCAGUACCGGUAUUGUGCCUUGACGAUUGUGGACAACAAUAAGCUCCGUUUCAAUAUGUAAUUCCAAUGAUCGACGGACAAGGGGGAGCGAACACUUUCGCCAGGAUAUUACAGCAUUUACAUGUGCUUAGUUAGGCCACGAUGCAUCGUGUUGCAUCCAUUCGGCUAUGAAGGGAAAAGUGCCUAUCGACUAAGAUGCUGCACGCUCAAAGCAUACAGUCACGGCACCACUGUUCGCGCAUAAAAUAAGCUACAAUACGGAGCUCAUGAUCUGCAAGCAUGUCUAUACAUCAACAUUAUUCACUUCACCUACGUGCACAUAAUCCAAAUUCGGAUACUCUUCGGUAACGUGAAAGGUCAUAUCCCGGCCCACCCUGUCAGCUGCCUAAUUCAACGCAUUGGUUGGUCUUCGCUUUGCACCGUAGAGAGCGAACCAUCGCAUACAAUGACCUACCCUUACGGCCCGUUCUCAAAUUGUUGUAAUCCGAUAUAAACUCGCGCAAAACCAAUGUAGGCGAAGAGGACCCAUCAUGGCUCUCCUAAGCUUGCUGUUCGCUUUUUUGACGACCCUCCUACCUUUCAUUCGGGCCCAGAAUGUUAUAGUUCCUGGUGCGACGUGGACUGAUACUAGUGGGAACGUCAUACAGGCGCAUGGUGCAGGUAUUCUGAAAGUCGGAAGUACGUUCUACUGGUUCGGAGAAGACAAGUCACACAACAGUGCAUUGUUCAAGGCCGUCUCUUGCUAUUCUUCUACUGACCUUGUGAACUGGUCUCGUCAAAAUGAUGCCUUGUCACCUAUCUCGGGUACCAAUAUCUCGACCAAUAACAUUGUAGAGCGCCCCAAGGUGAUCUUCAAUCAGAAGAACUCGGAAUACGUGAUGUGGUUCCACUCGGAUUCUUCAAACUACGGCGCAGCUAUGGUCGGUGUUGCGACUGCCAGAUCGCCUUGCGGGCCUUACGCCUACAGAUCGAGCUUCAAACCUUUCGGCGCCGACUCUCGCGACGAGGGGCUCUUCCAAGAUGACGACAGUGCACAGACUGCAUAUUUACUUUACGCCUCGGACAACAAUCAGAACUUCAAGAUCUCCAGGUUGGAUGCUGACUACUACAAUGUUGUCACACAAGCAAGCGUCCUCAGCGGAUCCACGCUCGAGUCUCCCGGGAUUGUUAAGCACAACUCGGAAUACUUCCUGAUUGCAUCACAUACAAGUGGUUGGGCGCCAAACCCUAACAAGUUCUUCUCCGCAUCGUCUCUUUCCGGUCCCUGGAGUUCACAGGCGGACAUAGCUCCACAAGCUGUACGGACGUACUUCUCACAGAACGCCUAUGACCUUCCUUUGGGCUCAAACGCCAUUUACAUGGGCGAUCGUUGGCGACCCAGUUUGCUCGGCAGCAGUCGAUACAUGUGGUAUCCCCUCGAUUUCUCAAGCGGGAGUCCCACCUUGGUUCAUGCAGACGUCUGGAGCGUGAACAUACAAGCAGGAACGUACUCAGUCGCAAGCGGUACCACUUAUGAAGCAGAGAACGGGAGUCUGGGUGGUUCGGCGACCUUGGCUUCUGAUGGUUCAUUCUCGGGUGGACGUGCAGUUGGGUUUCUCGGUGGGUUCGUUUCAUUCGACGGGAGAACACACCUAAAACAUUUCAUCCUAGGGAAUGGUGGCACCGUAACGAUCAACAACGUUCAAAGCAACGGUGGAGCCCACUGGGUGGCUCUUUACUACGCCAAUGGAGACUCGACCUGGAGAAAUGUCACCGUGAGCGUGAACGGUGGUUCAACAACAUUGGUUGACCAACCCGAUACUGGCGGAGGACAUGUUAUCCUCAGCGUUCCAGUGAAGUUGAAUCUGAACAAUGGCGCCAACUCGAUUACGUUUGGCAGUGGUCAAACGAGUAAGUCUUGUGGCAAGUUUCUGCACCACAUUGUAACUUGCAAGCUAACAUCGUUCCAAGACUAUGCAGCUGAUUUGGAUAAGAUCAUCGUUUAUUAACAGAAUGACGCGUGCAGAAGGGUUUGGUGUCCAUCUGAUGUUCUGUCAACUUCUGUGAGAAUAGUGCCUUGUGAAUGCCACUCUUGAUAUGAUCCCGUAUUCGCAGCGUCGGAAAUAUUUGCAACAUGGGCACUCCAUUAUUGAUAUGUCAUUCACUCGGGGUCACGCCGGUAGAUUAGGCUCUUCACAGACACCGAAUAGCUGCGAAAGUGCGCAGCGGACGAGUCAACGCGAUCCGGUAUUAUUACUGUCGUAUACAGUUGUGCUGAUCAUAUGAGCGCCAGAUUUAUGUAUAACUGGCAGUUGGCCUUUCAUUGUCGGAAAGACUUCGAAGAAGCACAGGGUAGUCCACAAAGCCGGGCGAAGAUCCCAGGGGCUGCUGAGAAUGGGGCGUUAGAAGCCUUUCGCUUGGAGCCAGUCCACGAUGUUCUGCCUCCAUCGUCCGCCUUGGAUGUAGAGAUGCCGUGAGCGGCGAGUUUCAAUUUUGAGCCUCUCCGCCUCAGGUGAUCCAGCGGGGAAGAGAUCGCGUUGGAGGUCUUGGACAAGGGACUGUAACGCAAUGAGAUGAUCAAUCAGACAGGGCAGUUAUCAUCUCAGUUGUAACACAUACAUUGAUAUCGCCUGCGACGUUGCGGAUAAGGAGAAUAUACUUCGUGUUGCGAAUAUCG